UAUUUCUAGGAUGACAGUUCGUGGGAUCUUUCUGUUUGUGGUGAUUUUAUUACCUGCAUGUUUUGGUCGCCAUGGCAAACCAAAGCUAAACUUUAAGGCGCUGACCUUCAACACUGGACUUCUUGGAGUAGUAGAACAGAAAAACCCUGACCAUGAUACCAGCCGCGAGGAUCGACGAGAUGUUAUCAUAGAGGCCGUGCGCAGCUCUAACGCAGAUGUUGUGUGCCUUCAAGAGAUAUCGAAAGGGACAGACAUAGAAGCCUUUGUCCGAGGACUUGCCAACGAGUAUCCUCACUCACAGAGCCAACUUCACUUGUUCAAUGGACAGCUUCCACAACAGGCCGGGGUUCAACAUAGCGCUGUUUGCUCUGCCGGAGCUGCCGCAGCCUUGGUAGGAUGUGCGUUCGCCAACAACUGUGCUGCUCUUUUAGGCACAUUUUCAAGUUCUGAUGAAUUUGUGGCAUGCCUGGAAACUUCCUGUGGAUCUGCAUUACAGAAUCUUAUACGAUUUAGUGGUCAAUCAUGCUUAACAUGUCUUUCUUUACAAGUUGCCAUCGAUGUCACAAAAUUGCUCGACGUUUGUGCCUCCCCAGUACCGUCAGAACAGUCCCUGACGAUCAAUCCUAUGGGUUUGCUUUUGUUGUCGAAGCAGCCAUUGACUGUCAGACAGUCCGGCUCAUUCUACCCGAACAUUCCUCAAUUUCUGUCCCGAGGCUAUCUACGGAGCAAGUUUGUCGACAAGGUCACAGUCGUCUGCACGCAUCUUAUACCACCACUUAGUGACGUCACAAACCCAGAAGUUGCACUGAAGCCGUUCUUUCCAACAUUGGUGGAACAGAGUCGCUCGGAAAUCACCACGAUAGUGGAAACGUUUAAGGACGUGCGACCGUUAUUGCUGCUGGGAGACUUCAACGUGAAUGGUGGGCCGCUGGUCCCGGGAAAAGCGUUUGGAGAAGAUCAAUAUCGACGCUUAUCUAAAAUAUUCAACACUCAAGUUACCUCAAAUUGCACCUUUUGUGAUGCGGACCAAAAUGUGUACAACUUCAACUCAGAGGAAGUUGCCCGCGUUGUAGAUUUCAUCUUUGGCAACGGACUGUGGAUACGCAAUGUGAAGCGCGUGUUUACCCCUGACGAGGUAUCAAUUCCCGACAAUGGAGAGCGUGUUCCUCUGUCUGACCAUUUCGGGGUGAUGGGUGAUGCUGUCUGCUCUCCCGGGGCCGGAAGGAUGGGCAAGAAAGGGAGGAAACGAAUGUAGCAGUGACCCUUGGCCUUU